AUGGAGACGAAGAACAACGAAGACGAGAUUCUCAGGCUGAUCCCACUCACAGAUUAUGGGUCCAUGCUGUUUGUACCACCAAACAGUCCGGGAAGCGGUGGACUCGCACUCUACUGGAAACAAGAGAUCCCGGUUCAAGUCAUCUCAUCAUGCAAAUCCUACAUUGAUACAUCCAUAUUAUAUAAAGGAAACCUCUUCUACGCUACCUUUAUAUACGGUGAACCAGACCACUCCUUGAGGAAAGAAGUUUGGGAAGAGUUGUCAAACCUGGGCAAUCUACGAGAUAAGCCUUGGUUCCUGACUGGAGACUUCAACGACAUCAUUGAUAAUACAGAGAAAUCGGGUGGCCAACAAAGAACAGAAGCAUCGUUUGGGAACUUCCGGGCCUUCAUCUCUCAGAGCGACCUCUUUGAUCUGCAGCACACCGGUAAUUUCCUCUCCUGGAGAGGAAUACGCUACACACACCUGGUGCAUUUUCGCCUGGACCGUGCUAUGGCCAAUAGUAUGUGGCUAGAUAGCUACCCAUCGAGUCGCUGCCACUAUCUAGACUUCGAGGGAUCAGAUCACAGGCCAGUCUUUGCAGUCCUUCAACCUGAGAAAAAGAAGAAAAGAGGGAUUUUCAGAUAUGACAGAGCAAUGAGACACAACGCAGACAUAUCUAAGUUAAUCGAAGUCACAUGGAACAAAUCAAGGGACGACUCAGUGGAAGUCAGGAUAUCAAAUUGCAGGAAAGCUAUCUCACGCUGGAACCGGGAAAACCAUGUCAAUAACCGGAAGGUAAUAGAGGAAGAGAAAGCCAGACUGGAGGUGGAAAUGAGUUCAGCGUCUUUAGACCAAUCUCUGAUACAAAACAGCACCAAAAACCUCGAGUCAGCGUAUAGGAAAGAGGAAGAAUACUGGAAGCAACGAAGCCGAUCACUCUGGCUGGCCCUAGGGGAUCAGAAUUCCGGUUAUUUCCAUGCGAUAACCCGAGGAAGAAAAGCGCAAAACAAAUUCUCAGUCUUAGAAGAAAAAGAUGGCCAACCUGUCUAUGAGGAAGAAGACUUCGUCCGGGUCAUUAGCUCCUACUUUCAAGACAUCUUCAUCACCAGGUAA